AUGGCGGUUGAGGUCGUCGUUGUCAUUGAAACUGUGGCGACAACUCUAAUCGCUCCUCUUGCUAGUAAGUCUCAUGCUAGACGACUUCCCCUGUCGUGGCCCUCUUAUUCACCUGCCUCUUGCUUCGCAGAGGAACUAGCUAUUAAGAAAGAGGCCUACACUUUCACUGCCCAGGUCAAAGCAGACCAUGAAAAGGAGUUCUCCAGCUGGACCCAGUGCAACCAUCACCUCACGCUAGACAAUCGGGGCCAACAGCAUGUCAGAAACCUCCAACCUCAUACCCCUGCAACUAGGCAACCUGCUCCUAUCCCCAGGACAGCUUCUCAGAUCAUCGCGGAUGCCAUCAAAACCCCCGUCAACGAUCCUAUCCCCGUCCCUCCUGAUAUCACUCCGACCAUAGAUUCUGGUCCUGAUGUCCUCAACAUCAUUGUGAGAUCUGAAGAGCUUGAUAGAAGUAAUAGCACCCACCUCCAUGGUGUUGCUAAUGAGGAUUUCUUCGGUAGAUCACUUAUUGCUGGCCUUGUUCUAAUGAACCUCCUGACGAUAAUUCCCUUGCUAGCCACCAUGAACUCGAUGGGCAUUACCUCAACUAGCUAG